UCCAGAAGAAGCAACGCAGAGCUCAAGGAACGAGAGAGAGAGAGAGAUUGCUGGAUCUCAUCGAGGUAAUUUCCUCUUAUACCUGUAGAUAAAUUUAACUAUUCUACUAGUAGAAGUGGGCUUGGAUCUGCUCCAUCCUGCUCUGAAUUUUAGAAAUUGGGUUCUUGGUUCCUCUUCGGAUGCGAAAACAAGGAUACCCUCCGUUGAUAUACCCUCUUUUCAAGAUUAUAGAAGGGUUGAUAACAGGUCCUUGCAACCUAAAAUAUAAUUUUGCCUAAAUUUUCGGGCUUUGACCGCCGAUACCGGGUUUUGAUGCUGCAUCUACGCUAUGGUAGAAGGCGUUCUCAGCUUCCAAUGUUCAUUUUGCUGUUUCAGGUGCUUCAUGUUAUGAGUGGAUACGCAUGUUUUGCUGGGUUCUCUGUUUUUAGCUAGCUGCUCUCUAGAUAAUUCUUGCAAGUUAGUUGGAUUAACAGAUUUGAAUAGCUGAUAGAUCACAGUCAUUGGAUCUGAUCCUAGCUAAUCGGCGGGUGCUAACAUGUCUUUAAUGAGCUCAGCAGAUUCAUCUACAUCGUGCAGCGAACCUGGCUGUUAUGGGCAUAAAAGUAAUGAUUCCACAGGAUUAUCUUCUCAGAUAUUUACCUCAGAUAAACAAAUGUUGCAUUAUGGUCUUCCUUCUUACCAGUCAAACAUAUAUGGUCAGCAAUAUUUUACUAAUGCUUCCACUGGUCUGAAUCCUUUAAACUCUAUUCAUCUAUCAUCUUCAGUUCAUGGAAAUUUGCACCGUCCGCAAGCUUUUUCAGGGACUUAUCAACUGAUUGGGAACGGUCGUUCUUCUGUUAUACAAGAUAAUCCAUAUAAUGCAUGUUUUGCUGCAGUUCGGCAUCAGACUUCAUCUGUUUCAAACAAUUAUCAACAAGCAGCUCGUUCUCUGUUGGAGAGUCAGAGUCCGGAGCCUGAAAUGGACUUUGAAGAAAUUGAUAUAACAUUGAAGCUUCAAGAGCUCGAGAGGGCAUUACUGAGCGAGAAUGAUGAGGACUUUACAGACCUUGGCCAGGAAAUGUUUAUGGAUGAAGACUGGACUGAAUCCAUCAAAAGUCUCAUGACUCCAAAUUCACCAAAAGAAUCUUCAUCGGACUCAAACAUCAGCAGUAUCAGUAGCAACCGAGAAAUGAGGACCUCUAAACAGUUGCUUUUUGAUUGUGCAUCUGUCCUAUCAGAUGGAAAUGUGGAAGAGGCCCAGGCCAUGAUCAUAGAGCUUCGGCAAAUGGUGGCAAUUCAAGGGGAUCCUCCUCAAAGGCUCGCAGCUUACUUGGUAGAAGGGCUUGCAGCCAGAAUUGUCUCUUCAGGUCAUGGCCUCUACAAAGCUCUGAAAUGCAAAGAGCCCCCGACAACCGAUCAGUUGUCUGCUAUGCAGAUCCUCUUUGAAAUUUGCCCCUGCUUUAAAUUUGGUUUCAUGGCUGCCAAUGGUGCGAUUGCUGAAGCAUUCAAAGAUGAAGAAAGAGUCCAUAUUUUAGACUUUGAUAUAAACCAAGGAAGUCAAUACAUAACUUUGAUUCAAGCCUUAUCAGCUCGGCAAACAAAACCACCCCAUUUGAGGAUAACUGGUGUGGAUGAUCCAGAGUCAGUGCAACGGACAAUUGGAGGCUUGGAAGUCAUUGGGCAACGCCUAGAGAAGCUUGCAGAGGAAGCAGGUGUCCCAUUUAAGUUCCAGGCAAUAGCUGCCAAGACUGCAGAUGUUACUCCUUCAAUGCUAGAUUGUCGACCUGGCGAGGCACUUGUUGUGAACUUUGCAUUUCAACUUCAUCAUAUGCCAGAUGAAAGCGUAUCAACAGUGAACCAACGAGAUCGACUUCUUCGCAUGGUAAAGAGUCUGAAUCCAAAGUUGGUUACAGUUGUUGAGCAGGAUGUAAACACCAAUACCGCCCCUUUCUUUCCAAGGUUUGUGGAGGUCUACAACUACUACUCAGCAGUGUUUGAGUCACUUGAUGCGACUUUACCAAGGGAGAGCCCUGAUAGAAUGAAUGUGGAGAGGCAGUGCCUCGCAAGAGAUAUAGUGAACAUUGUGGCCUGUGAGGGGGCUGACAGAAUAGAAAGAUACGAAGCAGCGGGGAAGUGGAGGGCGAGGAUGACAAUGGCUGGAUUUGUCUCAUGCCCGCUUAGUUCUUAUGUUAACGGAGCAAUCAGGUCGCUAUUGAAGUCCUACUGCGACAGGUACAAGAUUAAGGAGGAAAACGGUGCGCUGUAUUUCGGCUGGGAGGAUAAGAUUUUGGUUGUGGCUUCUGCAUGGAAAUGAAGGAAUUUUUUCUGCUAUAAUAAGGUAGUUUUGAUGUGCCUUUUGUAUAUAAGAUUGGUGUGUGAGAAGUCUAUAGAAUCUAUGGCUUCUUGAUGUUUGAUCUAAUCUGCUCAAAUGUAAUCUGAAUUCUGUGUGGUGCAUUCGGCAACAAUGUUUUUCCUUGCUAAUUUAUUGUAACUGUUUCUAUUAUAUUUCAGAAUCUGUGUGCAGCUUAUAAUUUUAUUAAAUAAAGGCUUCUCAUCAAUAGUUUUAAAAA